UACACCCCGGCCCGCCACCGAGCCCUAGUGGCAUUGCGAUGUGCGUCAUCAUAUCGCCCCUUCAAUAGUGUCCACGACCCUUUCUACGUGGCCGAGGUUGAAUUACUACGACCUGGAACCAAGCCGCCUUCAUCCAGCACGGUGUCGCGAGACGUGCGUCUAAUCUAUGCGGAAGGGUCCAAGUCGGUUAGAGAAUAUUUCAAG